AUGACCAGACUCUCACUUAUCGUCGCUGCCACUGUCUCCAAUGGUAUCGGACAGAGUUCGCGACUGCCAUGGAGGCUACCUCAGGAGAUGACAUAUUUCGCCCGCAUCACCUCGGGCGCGCCGGAGGGAACAAAGAAUGCAGUGGUUAUGGGCAGGAAAACAUGGGAGAGCAUCCCCGCAAAGUUCAGACCUCUUAGGGACCGCUUGAAUGUGGUGAUCAGUCGUAAUCAAGAUUACCAGCUGCAGACGGCGAAUACAUCGUCCGUUCGCUUGAACGCAGACCUGCCGUCUGCUUUGACGGAGCUCAGCAUGCAAGACUCUGGAUCAGAAAAAACUGACGUCAACCGUGUCUUCAUUAUUGGUGGAGCAACGCUGUACAAGGAAACACUCGAGCUGCCACCCUCCUCCCCUACAUUCGUGGAUAGAGUCCUCUUGACACGGAUUUUAUCCCCUUCAUUCGAUGAAUGCGAUGUAUUCCUGCCGGAUUUCUUGAAGACGGAGGAUGUAACCAUAACGAGAUGGUCGAGGUGCACCCACGAAGAGCUCCAGGAUUGGGUUGGGUUCGAAGUACCACGGGAAAUACAGGAAGAGAAAGGUGUGCAGUACGAAUUCCAAAUGUGGACACGGUAG